CUCGCUAACUGAGCAACGUAGGAGUUUAUUUGUUACGUUUUAUUGUCGGUUUAGAAAAAGGAAGUGUGAGGAAAUGGCUCGAGUGAAAAGUGAGCUACAGGCGGAAGGCUUCACUGUUAAGGCCAACAUGAAGAACGCCAUGGUAGCGGGCCCCUUAACUACAGGGAUUUUUAAAGCAAGACCACUCAAACCUACCAACUUUCGUAAGUGCUACGAGCGUGGAGAGCUGCCUGUUUUCCUGGUACAUGACAGCAAAGGCAGCAUUAAAUGGAAGGUGGACUUUGACAAUAUAGACUACGAUCACUACCUGCCACUAUUCUUUGACGGCUUGUGUGAGACUGCUCAUCCAUACGAGAGCUUCGCCCGCCAGGGGGUCCACGACCUGUUGGAUCACGGAGGCCCCCGAAUCCUUCCUGUCAUUCCCAAACUCAUCAUUCCCAUUAGAAAUGCUCUGAACACAAGGAACCAUCAGGUGAUGUGUACAACCAUAAAAGUCCUGCAGCAUCUGAUGGUGUCUACAGACAGGGCGGGAGAGGCUCUGGUGCCUUACUUCAGGCAGAUCCUGACUGUUUUUAACAUCUUCAAGAACAAAAACAAGAAUCUUGGAGACGCCAUUGACUGCAGCCACAUGAGAAGAGAAAACAUUGCUGACCUGAUUCAGGAGACUCUGCAGAUGUUUGAACACUACGGAGGCCCAGAUGCCUUUAAAAAAAUCAAAUUAAUGAUCCCCACCUAUCAGUCGUGCAUGGACGACUGA